ACGGGGUUCCAUCUGUUAGGGCCGCCGCCAUCGUGUCUUUAUCUGUGACCAAAGCUUGUCUGUGACGACAAAGGAAAUAUGUCGAGAUAUUCAAGACCUCCAAAUACGUCUCUAUACAUUCGAAAUGUGCCAGACGGUACAAGGCCAGAAGAGCUACGCAGCUUGUUUGGAAAGUAUGGUCCCAUUAAAGAUGUUUACGUGCCGCUAGAUUACUACACGAGGCGACCUCGAGGAUUUGCAUAUGUACAGUUUGACGACAUCCGUGAUGCAGAGGAUGCGCUCUAUGGCUUGGACAGGACUCGCUUUUAUGGGCGAGAGCUUGAGGUGGAGUUUGCCCAGGGUGAUCGCAAAAAUCCAAAUCAAAUGAGGGUGAAGGAUCCCAGGCGCUCUCCCUAUAGGGGGCGAGGGAGCUAUGAUGACAGAGAUAGAGAAAGAGACAGAGACAGAGAUGGCCGUGGCAGGAGGUACAGCAGACGAUCUCGCUCUCGAUCGCGCUCAAAAUCUCGUGGCCGUGAACAUCGGGAACGUCGUCGUACUAGGUCCAAGUCUCGGUCCGGCAGCAGGACACACAGCAAGCCCCGGCGAUCAACCACUCCACAGGAGCGCUCCUUGUCCCCAAGCAACGUGUCUCCCCCAGUCUUGGAUGAAAGUCGUUCUCCAUCGCCACAGUAGAAGCUGUGCACCGGGUCAGCGUUAUCCCUAUUCAUGUUUGCUGACCGAUUCACGUUGUCUUAAUGGCUACUUUUUGUGCAAAUUUGCCGAAGGGCUGUAAUGUUUGUUCUCACAAGGUCAUGUAGAACCCUCGCUUAGUUUACCUAUACGUGCAACUGUAUAUAGCUUGCUAUUGAGACAUGAACAGUUUAUCAUUGUGUGUAAAUCUAUUCUGUAAUCAGAAUAUCAUUGUAGCUUUCAAUUGCAUUCUGGUCUAUUAAUAUAAAGUGAGAUAUUAUGUGUACGUGGGUACGUAUAUAGUAGGAUAUAGACAAGAUUUUCACAACUUUUGUAGGCAGUCUACACAGGGGUUGUAGUGCACGAUUCAAUUUCUUAAUUUGCUAUAAUCGAAACGUUAGACGUAAGGGUAAUUACCUGAAGAUUAGUGUUCAAACUUCCCUCACCGCUUAUUAGUUCAUAAGCAUUUAUGCAUCACAAUUUAACUUGUAGUAAUUUUACUCAUUUAAGUUCGAGCAUUUCAGUACCAUCUUGUUGUUACUUGGUUGCAAGUUUUUGUGAAUUGAAGUUUCUAGUGUAUCGUUGCUCAUAUUUGACUCGAUACGUUUUAUCAACUAAGAGGCAAUUCUAGAAGACUUACUCGCGUGGCAUUCUUUCAUGUUCUUUUAUGUUUCAAAUGUGUAUCAAAUUUGUAGUCCACAGUGUAUUUUACUAUGUAUAGAAACUUGGGUUUAAUAAAACACGUCAGUACUAGUUCA